AUGGCGACGGAGCAACAAGAUUCACGACUCUGUUUGGCGUCGAUCCUCGAGGAUUUUAUCAAAGAACGAAACAUUCAAGUUAGCGUUGAUGUUGUUGAUUCCAGUUCCAAAAAUGCCGAUGAAACUUUAGUUGGAGGAAGAGAUUUGCCAGCAGAUCCAUCAGACUUGAAAAGGAAUGAAGCAGCAAGAUGGCUAAGAAACACACUUGGUGUAGUUCAAGGAAGAGAUUUGCCUGCAGAUCCUUCUGAGGAUGCUUUCAGAAUUGCAUUGAGAAGUGGCAUUUUGCUCUGCAAUGUCCUCAACAAAGUUAAACCUGGUGCUGUCCCAAAAGUCGUUGAAGCUCCAAAUGAUCCUCUUGUUAACCAAGACGGUGCAGCAGCUCUAUCUGCAUUUCAGUACUUUGAGAACCUUAGAAACUUUCUUGUGGUUGUGGAAGAAAUGGGUAUCCCCACAUUUGAAGUCUCCGAUUUUGAGAAGGGAGGUAAAUCCUCAAGAAUAGUGGAGUGUGUCUUGGCUCUCAAGUCAUACCGUGAGUGGAAACAGAGCGGUGGAAGCGGUACAUGGAGAUACAUUGUGACUUCGAAACCAACCACGUUUGGGAUCGCAAAACAAUACAAACGCAAAGACUCAGAAUCACCAGUGGAUAAUGCAGUCACAACAAGUAGCCCUUCUAACACUCCAUUCAGUGAACAGCCUCUGUUUGAUUCCAAUACCAAAAACGAAGGAACUGUUAGUUCAGUAGAUGCUAUUGUCCGUGCGGUUUUUUCUGAUAAGAGUAAAGAAGAAGUUCCCAGUAUUGUGGAAGAUAUGCUGAAUAGCGUCAUGGUGGAAUAUGAACGUAGACUGGCUACACAAAACGAACUGUACAAAGAAGAAGAUGUAACAAAGAUGGUAAACAACAACAUGGAAGCUUCACAAGCUAAUAACGCUGCAGAAGAAACUAAAAUUCAAGAUCUUGACGUCUAUGUAAUUUCAAAAGAGAAGACUGAGAAGCAGCAAAUGAUUCUUGACAGACAGCAAACUCAUACUGAGGAACUAAAACACGAUAUAAAGGCUGUAAGAGCGAAUCUUAGUCUCUUGCAGAUGAAAUACCAGCAAGAGUUUACAAGUUUAGGUGAUCAGAACAGCCCUAUAGAUACUAUAUGUUUUAAUUCAAUUAUGAUUAUUGAGACGUUUUUAUUGGUGUUAGGUGAGCAUUUGCGUGGACUUGCUUAUGCAGCUACAGGAUAUCAAAGAGUUCUUGAAGAGAACCGUAAACUUUACAAUCAAGUCCAAGAUCUCAAAGGGAGCAUACGAGUUUAUUGUCGUGUGAGACCGUUCUUGCCUGGACAAACAAGUGUCUUAACCACAGUGGACCGCAUAGAGGAGUCAACUAUAUCAAUUGCUACACCUUCCAAGUAUGGCAAAGAAGGUCACAAGUCAUUCACCUUCAACAAAGUCUUUGGCCCUUCAGCAUCUCAAGAGGCGGUGUUUGCAGACACUCAACCUUUGAUCAGGUCUGUUCUUGAUGGUUACAACGUUUGCAUAUUUGCUUAUGGCCAAACCGGAUCAGGAAAAACUUUCACCAUGAUGGGACCUAAUGAACUAACUGAAGAGAGCUUAGGAGUAAACUACAGAGCAUUGAGUGAUCUUUUCCAUCUCUCAAGUGUGAGGAAAGAAACAUUUUCUUACAAAAUCUCAGUUCAGAUGCUUGAAAUCUACAACGAGCAAGUCAGAGAUCUUCUUGCAACCAAUGGCCAAACCAGCAGGUUAGAGAUCCGAAACAGUUCAGCAGAUGGAAUCAACGUUCCAGACGCUACACUAGUACCAGUCUCCACAACUUCAGACGUCAUACAUCUGAUGAAUCUUGGUCAAAAGAACCGUGCGGUCAGCUCCACAGCCAUGAACGACCGUAGUAGCCGCUCUCACAGUUGUCUCACGGUACAUGUUCAAGGAAGAGAUCUGACUUCAGGAGCUACACUAAGAGGCUCAAUGCAUUUGGUUGAUCUUGCUGGAAGCGAGAGGGUGGACAAGUCUGAGGUCACUGGUGAUAGGUUGAAAGAGGCGCAACACAUCAACAAGUCUUUAUCUGCUCUUGGUGAUGUGAUUGCGUCUCUCUCUCAGAAAAAUAAUCACAUCCCUUAUCGUAAUAGCAAACUCACUCAACUGCUUCAAGACUCGUUAGGAGGACAAGCUAAAACACUAAUGUUUAUACACAUUAGCCCUGAAGUGGAUACUCUGGGAGAAACACUAAGCACAUUGAAAUUUGCGGAGAGAGUGGCUACUGUUGAGCUUGGUGCUGCUCGUGUGAAUAAAGAUACUUCUGAGGUUAAAGAACUCAAAGAACAGAUUGCUAGUUUGAAACUUGCGUUGGCGAGAAAGGAGAGUGAGACAGAUCAAACAAGAGUCAUUACACCUGAGAAACUAAUCAGAAGAAAGUCACUUGGUGUCUCUAAAUCAGCAAACCCAAGACAGUUUCAGACAAAACAUAAGCCAUCACUGGUUGAUGAUGUCAACAGCAUUGAGGGUCAAAGCGACUCUGCAUCGAGCGUUGACUUAGCAGGACUAGUUGGUUCAUCACCGUCAUGUAAAAGCCCGUCUACGGAUGAGAAAGAGGAGGAAGUGAAGGAGAUUAGCGAAUGGGUUGAUAAACACGAAGACGAGAUCACACGUGGUAACAAAUUACAAACACAGUUAGAUAAGAGAGUGUCUAGUUUGAAACGUGAACCAUCAAUAUCACGUGGCAACGUGGUGGUAGAUAAAGGGUUUGAGGUGAGGACGAUACCAUACGAAGAAGAAGCGAAUGAGUCUGAUGAGACGGCGACAAGUGAUGGGUCUGAGCCGUCUAACAUGAUGUGGCAGUUGAAUGUUCAAGUGAAUGUGCCUAGAGCAGCAGCAGCUUCUAAUGGCUCUUCUGGUUCAUCAACUAAGCUAAAGAAGACUCUGACAAAAACCAAGAGUAUGAUACCGUCGCUUAUACCGACGCCUACAAGGAGACUAUCACUUGGAGCAAAUGGUUCACCAGGACAAACUUCAUCCACAAGGCAGAGUAGUAACACUGUAGUUGUGAAGAAGAGACAGAAUCCUAAGUAAUGAUAAUAGU